AUCGCACACUGCGCAUCCAUUUUCUCCUUUCUCACUGUUUCUUGUAGACUAGGAGACACGACUACGACUAGAGGUAUUAUACGACAAGACUGAACGCAGCCCCACUCGCCGCCUGUCUUGGCACCGAACCAACAUGUCUUCCUCGACCCCAACUCGAGGAAGCCAACAUCGGCCUUCCCCAGGACCAUCAAAGCCAUCACUAGCCGAGCCACCAUUCUCGCCAUUACCAGGAGAUGACACUAUGAUCUCUGCAGAUGCCGAUGCCCUCGACUUCUCGUCCUCGGAUGACGAGGCUGGUGUCUUCUUCGGCGCCCAUCUCCCCGUUGAACGCAAGAUCAUCGCGGCGCUCUCACGCUCCGUCCCAAGCGUACCGGCAGUGGAGUCCGCGCGAUCAGCACCGAGACGCUCUUCAUUGGCCGCCCGCGUCAAGAAGCGAGACUCGCGAGAGUUCGUUCGCCGCAAGACGUUGAUGCCUGGCACCGAGCCAUUGGCAGGGGAGAAGGUCUGGGAGGGCGGGUUCUUCGAGAAGCCCUCCGAGGACGUUGAUGAAGCCAACUUGGCUGGCCCAAGCCAGUCGACCCCUCGUGACGACGUCGAGGUCACCACCGUGCUCGAGUCAAUGCGCAUCGAUGAAAACGACCGGUCAAUAGACUCCGACCACGGGGCAUUCGUCGAGGACGAAGAGACGGACAAGGAGAACACUGUAAUCCCUGAACCUGAAUACUCUUCAGAGGAGGAGGAAGAAGAGGACUUUGACCAGCCUACCGACGACCUGACGGUCACUCUUGGCUUCCCGAAGGGCGGACACGAUGACGAUGAUUUCUCCAUGCACCUCGACAUGGGUGGUCUGAGCAUGCUCGACAUUGACGACCCCGAGGUUGGCCACAUUGAGAGGGCAAGCGAUGCCGAUUGCGACAUUUUCUUCAGCAGUACCGACAGCGGCAGCCUCAACUCGAGUAUGACGACAGACUCUGAAGGGGUCAAGGAUUCGUUGAGCUCAAGUGGGGCCAGUGACUCUGCGGCGGACCCCUUCGUUGACAGUUCGACAUUACCCCCGACCCUGGAUAGCCUACCGCAUGCUGUGGAAAGCGCCGACGAGUCUGACGCCAACGUUGCAGACAUCUCCUACGCCUCGGACAUGGACUCUCCCGUCGGUCGUGGACCUGUUGUCAUCCCAGUGUUUGCAGUUCCGUCGCCCACAAAGACGACGCCGAUGAGAGGACUGAAGCCGCAGGAGUUUGACAACGAAAUUGCACUCCCAGCGACAGCUACGGAGACUGUCGGCGUCUCGCUCCCGUCUCUGGACAGUCCCCAGUCGCGCAACCCCUUCACCCAAGCUACCCCUCUUCGACCCGUCGCCGUCCCCGCACCAGCAUCUGUGCGUCUGAGUGAGAGUACGCCAGCAUCGCAACGCCCCAUGGUCAGCUCAGUGCAAAGCCAGAAGCUCAAUCGCGUCCUCAAAUCGUCGUCAGUCCUUGGGUCCUCGAGCACCGAGAAUCCCAAGAAGACUGCGAAAGAGGAGGCCGAGGCAACAGCUAGAAGCAAGGCCCUCCGAACCCAACUCGAGGCGGCCUUCACGUCCAAGGUGUCCAGUGCGCCCAGCGUGUCCAGCCUCGGCGCGUCAUCAAAGGCCGUCUCAGCAAGCACAUCUCGACCUCCGUCGCGAAUGGCUGAUAGCACUCGCACGUCCAAGCCUAAGAGCCGUAGCGACGUGCCGCCUGUCCGGAAGGAACCUACCCGGCCUAUCUUGAGCGCACCGAAACGGCUUGUUGAUGGGCGCCCAGUACAACGACCAGCGCCGGCCACCAAACCAGCUCCAUCGAAACCUGGUCCACCCGCCAUUCCCUCCUACCGCGCCUCCACAGCAUCGUCGAUAUCCUCAGCAAAGCCUGGCAUCCCACGUCCUGUCGCCAAAAGACCAAUGGCUCCUCCAGUCCAGCCGAGCCGCCCUCUUGGUGCCACCAAGUUGACACGACCUGUCGAGAGGUCCAAGCUCCCUGAUGCUGAGGUUGCCACUGUGGUGCCGCUGAAGCGCCCCGUGCCAUUGCAUGCGGCGCUAUCUCGCUCUCUUGUGGCAGUUGGAGGUGGCGGUCCGUCGCGCCCAAUGCCAUCACGUCUGGUAAGAGAAUCGCCUGCGGCGUCAGCGGCAACACGGCUGGUUCGCGAGUCGCCUGCGUCUCGGCCCAUGUUCUCUACCGGCGGCCUCUCAGGCUUCACUGGCGGCCCCAGUACGGCGUCUUUCCCUGCGGCACCCCAACCUGCCUUCCAAUCCGCCUUAUCACAACCUGCCUUCCGUUCACCAAUUAGACCUGCCACGGCGCAAGCAAAAAGACCGUUUGGCGACGGCCCAUCGCGUGUCGGGGCUACGCCGACUCCGCAGAGGAUGUUGAGCACGGUACCUGAGGAGUCCAAGCCCGUGGAUAACGACGGGUCUGAAGCGGUCGAGGUUGUGUCGCAGCCGGAGAGCCAAACGCAAGGCGCUGCGAGGCAGGAGGGUACUGAACAGCCAGGAGACGACGCUGCUACGUCACAACCCUUGUCCUCCGAGUCUUCGCAGAACGGUACGACAUUGAGUGCAUCGCCACCGACAUCAACGUCCUCUGAGGCAGUAUCAGCGGAGCUGCCCUCGGAGCCUGCCGCGAGACCCGCUGAGUCUGGCAAACAGGAGGAGACUCGGCAACCCUCAGUGGAGGCCAAAGCAUCAUCACCUCCUCCGCCGCCGACCAACUCCGAGUCGGAGCCGCCUGAAACCACGGACCCUCCCGCAGACGAACCAGGUCGUCGCUCUCGCCGGGUCCCCCGCCCCCGCACCGUUCCUGUUGUUGCCAUCGCUGCUCCGAAACCACGCCCGCCACCCGCGGUUGUACCUUCCAUCGCCCCGGGCAUGUCCGAGAAGGAGCUGAAGGCGGCCACUACACGCAACACCAUGCGCAAUCAGGUGUACUACUGCUCCAUUGACAGGCAGAUUGUCCGUGUACCUGGCCCCCGUCCGCCUUCGCCUGGUGCCAAGAUCCGCACUGCCGCCGAGCGGGAGGAAGCGGACCGCAAGAUCCGGAGAGAGCAGCGUGCUCGACGGAGGAACCGGGGCGAUGACGAGUCGAGCGAAGAGGAGGGUACGCCGCUUGUUGAACGUGUGCCGCAUCAGCCACGGGCACCCGGUGACGAAGAAGACUACACCACACCGGCGAGGCCACGGAAGCGGUUACGCGUGUCUGACGACGAAGCCGAGGACACUUCAAGCGCGUCGUCGGGCGACAGCCGCCAGGUGCGCUGGGACAAGGGCCUGACGGUGAUUCGCGGCGCGUUAGGCGAGUUUGGGGGACCAAGCAAGUCGGCUUCGACAACCCCCAAGCCAAGCAGCCUGAAGCAGGCUGCGCAGAUCCCGCUCGACCCUCACGGCAACUGGGCCGAGCGGCACAGGCACGUGGACCGCACCAAGCCAACCAAGGUUGUCGUGACGGCCGUGUUCUACGACGGCGAGGAGCCAGUGACGCUGCCGUCUGCGGGCACGCGGUCGAAGAAGAAGUAG